CAGCUCUUGGCACACACAGCGCUGUGGCUGAGAUUUAGCCGUGCCAGGCGCUGCCAGGCAGCAGUGGGGCGACCGACCCCCUCCUCGGCCUCCUUUCUCCCGGCCUCCCCUCCCAGGGCGCACUGUAGCUACUCCUUUGGGCUGUCUUCCAGCCGUCGCCCUUGGGUCCCGGGGGCUUCCCAGAGUGAAACCGAAGGUGAAAGAAACAAGAGGGCGGGAGGCUGGUAGGAGGAGCCUUCAGGCCGGGGAGGGUGGGAGGAGCCUCCAGCCAGAGGGGCAGGGUAGGAGGAGCCUUCCGGGAGGAUCUGGGUGGAGAAAGGGGCUGGGCCAAGCCGGGAUGGAGGGUUGGUCACGCAGGCGCGGGGGGCCGCGUCGAGAACCCCACGCGGGAGCUUUAGGAGUCUCCAGCCACCGCUUCUCACUUCAUUGGAGAAGGGAGCUGGGGCUAGGGCUGGGGCCGGGAGGGAGCUAAUAAACAGUGAAUGUGCAGCAGCCGCCUUGGCGGCCGGAGUCCGCCCGAGCGACACCGGAGCAGUGCGCUCGGGAGGCGGCGAGGGGAGGCGGUUCGCCUUGUCCCUCCCACCCGCGCCUCUUUCUCUCUCUUCCUCCAGCUGGUCCCAGAGCCCGGCUUGGUCCGGUCCGUCUGCCCCUAUCCCGCACCCUUCCAUCUCCUCCGAGUCCCACUCCUCACCUAGGACGCCCCAAACUGCCAUGGGUUAGGGUGGGGAUCGCGACCCGCGCGAAAGACCAGCUCUGCGCUUCCGCCGGGGGACGCGGAGCCCAAACGCCGCUCACCGCUUGCGGGCGCCGGGCAUGGGGUGUGUGGUGUGAGCCCGCACCCUGGGAGGACGCAGGAGCUGCGGAGCCGGGCGCGAGGAGGAGGAGAGGAGUCGUGGAUUGGAAGGACCCGAGGGAGGGAGGGUGGGGAAGCGAGGGAAAAGUGAAGCUGGGAGGAGAAGGCGGCGGAAGGUGGAGAUUGAUGCUUCUGUUUUUUGUUGCCGCUGCUGCCCUCGCGCUGGGAUCCGAGCCGGAGGGAAGGCGGUGGAGAGAUGAUUGCAGAGUUGGUGAGCAGCGCUCUGGGGCUCGCCUUGUAUCUCAACACCCUGAGUGCGGAUUUCUGCUAUGAUGACAGCCGUGCUAUCAAGACUAAUCAGGAUCUUCUCCCAGAAACUCCAUGGACGCACAUUUUCUACAAUGAUUUUUGGGGGACUCUUCUAACCCACAGUGGCAGCCACAAGUCCUACCGGCCACUCUGCACUCUUUCUUUUCGCCUGAACCAUGCCAUUGGAGGGUUGAAUCCCUGGAGCUACCAUCUUGUCAAUGUCCUGUUGCAUGCAGCAGUCACUGGUCUCUUCACAAGCUUCUCCAAGAUCCUCCUUGGUGAUGGAUACUGGACAUUCAUGGCUGGCUUGAUGUUUGCUUCUCACCCCAUUCACACGGAGGCAGUGGCAGGAAUCGUGGGACGAGCCGACGUCGGGGCCAGUCUCUUCUUUCUCCUCUCCUUGCUCUGCUACAUUAAACACUGUUCUACAAGAGGCUACUCAGCCAGAACCUGGGGCUGGUUCCUGGGGACAGGACUGUGCGCAGGAUGCAGCAUGUUGUGGAAGGAACAAGGAGUGACUGUUCUCGCAGUUUCAGCAGUUUACGAUGUCUUUGUCUUUCACAGGCUGAAAAUAAAACAGAUAUUACCUACCAUUUACAAAAGGAAGAACUUGUCGCUUUUCCUCAGCAUUAGUUUGUUAAUUUUCUGGGGGUCCUCCCUUUUGGGUGCCCGGUUAUACUGGAUGGGAAACAGACCACCAAGCUUUUCCAACUCGGACAACCCCGCUGCUGAUUCGGACAGCCUCCUCACCCGCACGCUCACCUUCUUCUACUUGCCAACCAAGAACCUCUGGCUGUUGCUAUGUCCGGAUACCCUCAGUUUUGAUUGGUCAAUGGAUGCUGUGCCUCUGCUCAAAACAGUUUGUGACUGGAGAAACCUACACACUGUGGCCUUCUAUACUGGACUCCUCCUCCUUGCCUACUAUGGUUUGAAGAGCCCGAGCGUAGACAGAGAAUGCAAUGGGAAAACUGUAACAAAUGGCAAGCAGAAUGCAAAUGGACAUAGCUGCCUUUCAGAUGUGGAGUACCAGAACUCAGAGACUAAGUCCAGCUUUGCAUCCAAAGUAGAAAAUGGCAUUAAAAACGACAUAUCACAGAGAACCCAGCUUCCUUCUACGGAGAACAUUGUUGUUCUGUCUUUAUCUUUGUUAAUCAUACCCUUUGUUCCUGCCACGAACCUGUUUUUCUAUGUCGGCUUUGUAAUUGCAGAGCGAGUAUUAUAUAUUCCUAGUAUGGGCUUCUGCCUACUGAUUACAGUGGGUGCUAGAGCCCUUUAUGUCAAAGUCCAAAAGCGGUUCCUCAAGAGCUUGAUUUUUUAUGCUACAGCUACACUAAUUGUUUUUUAUGGACUCAAGACUGCGAUCAGGAAUGGAGACUGGCAGAAUGAGGAAAUGCUGUAUAGAUCAGGGAUAAAAGUAAACCCAGCUAAAGCAUGGGGUAACCUUGGAAAUGUUCUGAAGAGUCAGAGCAAAAUUUCUGAAGCUGAAAGCGCCUACAGAAAUGCUUUGUACUACCGCAGCAACAUGGCUGAUAUGCUUUAUAAUUUAGGGCUACUUCUCCAGGAGAACAGCAGGUUUGCAGAAGCACUACAUUAUUACAAAUUGGCCAUUGGGAGCAGGCCUACCCUGGCUUCUGCAUAUUUAAAUACCGGUAUUAUUCUAAUGAACCAAGGAAGGACGGAAGAAGCCCGACGGACAUUCUUAAAGUGUUCAGAGAUCCCAGAUGAAAACCUAAAGGACCCUCAUGCACACAAGAGCUCUGUUACCAGUUGUUUGUACAACCUGGGAAAGCUGUAUCAUGAGCAGGGACACUAUGAGGAAGCCCUUAGUGUAUACAAGGAAGCAAUUCAGAAAAUGCCAAGGCAGUUUGCCCCACAGAGCUUGUACAACAUGAUGGGUGAAGCAUAUAUGCGUUUAAGCAAACUCCCUGAAGCAGAGCAUUGGUAUAUGGAAUCACUGAGAUCCAAGACUGAUCACAUCCCUGCUCAUCUCACCUAUGGGAAGCUGCUCGCUCUAACAGGUCGUAAGAGUGAGGCUGAAAAGCUCUUCUUGAAGGCUAUUGAGCUGGAUCCCACCAAAGGAAACUGUUACAUGCAUUAUGGUCAGUUUCUUCUGGAAGAAGCUCGUCUCAUAGAAGCAGCUGAGAUGGCAAAAAAAGCAGCUGAACUAGACAGCACAGAGUUUGAUGUUGUCUUCAAUGCUGCCCACAUGCUCAGACAGGCUAGCCUCAAUGAAGCAGCCGAGAAGUAUUAUGAUCUGGCAGCCAGGCUGAGGCCUAAUUAUCCGGCUGCUCUGAUGAACCUAGGAGCCAUUCUGCACCUCAAUGGCAGACUCCAGAAGGCAGAGGCCAACUACCUGCGGGCCCUGCAGCUCAAGCCAGACGAUGUCAUCACACAGUCAAAUCUCCGCAAACUGUGGAACAUCAUGGAAAAACAAGGCUUAAAGACUUCUAAGACCUGACACAGGAGGCAGAAGCCCGUCCUCCUCCAUUUUUAAAAGCUGGCUUCCUUAGCAGACAGAACUUCCCAGCAGUGCUAUGACAAGAGCUGGUGUUAGACUUCAAGACCAGGGCAGAGGUCAUUGAAGUCACUACCACUUCUGGAAGAAUCCACUUUGCUGUCAGCACAGCUGUUAACACCAAAAAGGGGAAGGCCGGAAACCUCCUGGAGGAUGUCAUUGUUACCCAUAGACCGUAAACCAGAGCACUUAAAACAGAAUCUUUUGGCAUUCUUAAAAGGGAGGGGUGGGUGUAUAAGUCACAGAUUUUGUUCAUUUUCUGAAAGCUAAUUUCAAAAUUAUCUUGUUCCUUAAACACUGUGAGAGGAAGUCAGAGUGUCCAUUCAGCCAUGGCAAACGAUUAGGGUUAAGUGUUACUAGGGAGUGAUAAACGCGUAGUGUGAGUCCCAGUGAGCCGCCGGUUGUCCUAACGCUGCUGUCUUCCCUCUUUGGGACAGCCUGCUUAUCAAUUUCUGAAGCUUAGAACAGUUUUUUUAAUACUGUGUCAAGAUCUGUCAGAAUCUGCUAUGUUUCUUGACCAGUGCACAUAAUGUUUUAUGAUUUGGAUGUCAGAGGCCUCAUUCUUUUGGACCUCGUUUGCUUUUUCUGUUCUGAAAAGGGUAUGGAGAGUAGAGCUAACCAUACUUCACGCUUGAGUUGUAUGAGGGACUGCGGACGCCUUAUAUGUGUCAGGCAGGCAUUUUUUAGAUUUUAAUACCGCCAAUAUUUCCCCCAAACUGCCCAGUAGAAUUCAUUGUAUUAAUUCUUUUGAAAUUAAAAAUGGCUAUUCCUGGAGAAUGUGCAAGCUUAUAUAAGGAUAAAGGACAGGGGAGGAGUUUGUAAGCCUUGCAGUUCCAAUAACUAACCAACAGGUUAUUAGACAAAAGGGAAGGUGUUUUGUGCUUCUCAGAUGUUGCUGGUUUAGGAGUGUAUGAUGAUGCUUGCCAGUGAUUUUGUAUUUUGGAAAGGGUAGGUAUCGAAUGUUAAUCACUUUUUAAUAGGUACCUAAACAGCAAUGCUGAUAAAUGUUCAAGGAAUUAUUUUCAUCUUAUUUUGCUCUUCUCAAAAGGCAUCAAAAACAACUUAUCUGAAGCUACAAGAGAGUGUAGCAUUAGCCUGCAUGUUUCUAGGUCUUCUGCCAAGUGCUUUUCUCAGUUGAAAACUAUUUUUCACUAGCAAAUUUGGUAUUUUAUUUCAUUACCUGUUAGUAACCACUUCAAUGAUCAUUUCCCAAGAAAAAGACUAUAAAUUAGGUGGAGAACAACAUUUUUAUUGAACAUUUUUUGGCUUGCAAUCAAACUUUGCCACUAAAAAUUAACUUCAUAAAACAGUGGUCCAUUAUCAACUUCUUCACAGAGAAAGUAGCUAUACUAUACCCUGCAUAUUUAUUUAUUUAUUAUUCUACCAUAGCAGAAUAACAAAACUUGAUGCAUUAAGCCAGUUCUUUGCAACUGAAAAUUACCUGUUUCUCCUUCCCUUUUACACUCCAUGUAUAUAUGAUCAGCUUCUCCAUUAAAAAGAAGCUGGACAUGCAAAUACAUCAUAUUAUGUUUUCUCCAUAUUUUAUGUUUUUCUAUGUGUCUGAAUACAGUGGGAUAAAUAAUUGAAAGUGUUCCUAUGGCAUUAGUGUUUUUGUGAGAAGGGUAAAUGUAGCGAGAAAGGUUUUUUCAUGGCAUUAAUAAGAAAGCCCUUCUGUAAUAUAUAUAUUAUUUUGUAAACAUUUCACUGAAGGGCCAAAAGUUAAAUUAUAACUAAAUCACUGUGUUUUCAGAAUGAUAUUUAACAACAAACCCAUGGUCAAACCAAAAUAGUGGGUUGAAGUGUAUUAUUCAUCUUUUAGUGCAUUGGCAAUUGCAAAAAAAAAAAAAAGGAAUUUAAUAUAAGGCUAUAGAGAUUAAUUCAGUGUCUAACAUUUGUAUUUAUUUAAAUAGUUAUUGACCUAUGAUGACUUUCUAGUCUUAACAUUUUAUCUUUUUAUUGUUGUUGUUCUUCCUUUCAAAGACGUGGUUCUUAAUAGGUUCACUGAAUGCACAGUUGAGGCACUUCUUGUGACACCAGUUCCCAAGUAGCGUUAAUAAUUGGGCCUGUGUCAUAAAAUGCACGGAUCAUUAAUAACUAAAUGUCCCUGACACUUUUCACUACAGGGCUGGACUUAGUAACUGACCAACUUCGGGGGGAGGGUUGGGGGCGAGGGGGGGUGGGCGUUAGAACAUGAUCAAAAAAUGUCUCCGCUCAGGGAUUUAUGGUGGAUUAUUGCAGACAGUGCUAAAAAUAUAGAGCACAAGACAAGUUUACUAAAUUAAAAUUUUAUUUUUUGAGAAACUGUUAUUUGUAUAAAUUAUCAAGAUUUGUAGGCUUUCCUUUUGUAGAAAUAAUUGUUUUAUGUGCCAGAGAAUUUCAAUUUUGUUUUCAACAAUAAAGCAUUGAUAAGAAAUAUAUUGUGUAAGCCAUUUUUAAAUCUUCUACAGCAACAACACUUAAACUGUGAAGUUUUAACGAAACUAAGUAAGAGAUUAAAAAGAGUAGAGGUUGAGCAUCGAAUAGAGACACAUUGUGGUUAAUGUAUAAUUAAUAAUCAUCAUUUUUUAAAGUUAUUAUAAUGCAAGUAAGCAUUGCCAAUAUCACCCUGUUUACCAUACUUAGAAAAGAUGAUAAAGUUUGUUUUGUUUUCUUUGGUUGAUGAACUAUGGGAAAAGAUGCUAUGAAAUAAUCCAAGAAGGGCAAAUUUAUAAGUUUCUGGCUUCAGUAGAUUGUUUGGUAAAAAUCGCCAUGUUUAGAAGACCUUGGAUCUCUAGUUCUGGUCUUGGAUGUAAGCACACCCCUAUUCUGCUGAGAAAUGUGAGUGCAGUGCAUUCAGGAGUCAGUUAUAAGGAAAGGUUGGGUCCUGGACAUGGUGCACAGUGACAGAGAAUUCAGCACUCUUGUUAAAAUUGUUAUGUCACAUGAUUAUAUAUUGCCUGUUUCCUCUAUUAUGGGAUAAAAGUUAGCUGUGAGGACUUUUAUGUUAAACAUCCUAUGGAUGUGUGAGGUUAUUUUCCACUUUUACAGAUAAGGAAACUAAGACUCAGAGGUAUGAAACGACCUACCCAAUGUCACUAAGGUAGCAAGCAGCAAGCCUGUCCCCAAGUUGUCUGAUGAUGUGUCCUGAGUCAUGUGGGCACUCAGUUAUUGAACAAGAAGGUCUGGGUAUCAGCCCUCUUGGCAUUUCUCUAGUGACUUCAUUUCCACAAAUCACAUUCUCUACCUCUCGGCAGACAAUCAUGAGGAUUAAAGGAGGUAAUUCGUUAAAAAAUCUUUAAGAUUUAGAAUGUAACAGUCAAAAAAAAAAGACUUCAGUGUUCAUGUAGUUAAAUCCAUUUACCUUCCACCUGAGGAGUAUUAAGCCUUGCAAGUUAAGUGAUUUAACAAAGAUCUCAAAACUGGAUAGUGGCAGCACACAUCAAGCUAAAGAAACUUAUUAAAAGUUAUUUCUAUAUGAGGAAUUGUAUAAUUGAUUUUUUUAAUGAAGGUAUAGUUUGAAGUUGGAUUGGAGCACUGUCACUGUACUUGGAAACCAAUGAAGGCAGGGACCAUAUUUUUUGGGGGGACUUUAUUCUCCAGCCCAGGACAUUGUUGAGAAGAAGACUCUAAAAUAUACCAUAAAUGAAAACUCUAUCUGUCAUGUGCCCAUGAGAUAUGAUUUUUUUUAAGUCAUUUUCUAAAACAGUUGAGAUUUGGGGAUUUGCUGAUUUACUAUUUUCACCUGAGUGAUACUAGUUUUUCACAUAGUAUAUUUUUCCAGUAAAAAGAAAGAAAAUACCUUUAAAUCUUGGCUGUUCUUUCUAUUACAAGGAAAGGAAUUGGGUUUCCAUAAAUAAUUUAAGAAUUAGGAUAAUUUCAAUUUAUUUGUACGUACCUUUGUAAUAUGAUUUCUCAAUUUAAAUAUUAUUUUCAGUACUACAGAAUGUGCUUCCUACUAUUCAAAACUCAACUUGCAUUGGAACUAUUACACACUGUAAAGCUAGAGCAAGCUGAAUGGUAAUGCGAUUGUGCUAUUAUGCUUGGUUUUGCAGUAGAAAAAGAUGCAUGCGUACUAAGACUUUAACUUGCUGUGUCAUUUUGGGUGGUCUUCCUGCAGGAUGCAAUCAGAGAGGCCUUAAGAGUCAGCUUUCGUUCCAUCUGCCGCUUCACCGCAUAUUGGCCUUUUGUUGUUGUUGUUCUAUAGAGAUUUGAGAUGUAUUUUUUCUCCCUGGAGGACUGCUGGGUUUAAGUUUCUUGUUAACUUGAAAUUCCUGUGAAGUUUUUCUUCUACGUUUCCCAAAACCUUCCCCCAACUUCUUACAGCUGCUCUCUGAUGUUAUGGUGCUAUUUAAUUGUCUGCUUCCAAAGAGUGGAGAGAUAUACUAACUACUUUUUUAGCUAGAAAAUUCGCAGAUCAAAUGAGAAAGUUAUAAACCUAUGAGACAAUGUGGUGAGAUCAUUUAAAAAUACCUAUAGGAAUCUAAGUUAAUGUAGUAUCUAAACUGGUGUUUGGGAAAAGUUUUUGGAGGUUCCCAAAAGGAGAGAGGCAAGAUGGAGAGAGAAGGGAUAGACACAUGGAAAAUUGACUGUUAAUUGUCCUUAAUAAUUAUUAAGCUUUUGUUGGAGAGGUAGAGGAUUUGAUAGAACAGUUUGAGACUGUCUGUGUUCUUUUUGGUUGCCCAGUAAUCUACCAAGAUAGGGUCGCUGUAUUGGAAAAGAAAGUGUAACAAGUGAGUGAAUAAUACAACCACAGGAGAGGCUGGAAAAAUGUGCAACCAAUUUGAAGUCUAGAUUAGAACUAGCUAUCUGUUCUGAUAGGAAAUAGAUUCAAUUUUUCUCCUACCUUUUUUGGAUUUGACAGGUUUAUCACUUAUUCAAGGCAAAGCUAUCAACCAUUCUCUAGUCAGAUGGAGUGAGUAGAUUUCUAUAUUUCGAGUAAUAGCUCAGGACUUGUAGAAACACUUUUUCUAAUAAUUUUCUGUCAUGUCUCUUUCCUUUCCAUCCUAGUAGACUCAAAAUAAAAUAACUCCUGAGUCCUUUGUCUUGGCAAUAUCAUUGAACAACUAGAGACUAUAAUACAAGUUUUCAAAAAUGUAUUGAGGGAGAAAUCAAGCAAUUUAAUUUGUUUUCAAAAAUACUUAAAAUACCCUAAAGGAAUUAAAGUGUCUUUUUUGCAGCUGGAUAUUUCUCUCAUAUAAUAUAAAAGACAAUUUCAUACCAGAAAAUCAGAACUGAUGAGGGAUGAGGGGGCAAGUGUAUGUGUGUAGGGUGUGGAAAUAGGGCUUACCUUUGAUUUUAAUGUGGGCCCUUUUUAUAAUUUCAUUUAGCAUGUAAUGGCUAAAUCACAAUUAGCUUUUUCUUUCUGAAGACAACUUAUUAAGUAGUUAGAACCAAUUAGUAAUCUCAAUAGAUUUUUUUAUUCUUUUUUUGUGCUAUUUUAAAUAUGUUGUUAUGCUUAAUGUCUGUGGACAUUUUAUGCUUCCUUUACAAUGAUGACUUACUAUUCUAUAAAUGUGCCUUUGCCAAUAGUAUAAUAAUGAUAAUUUGGGAAAUUUCACUGGAAUUAUGUUUCAGGGUAUUUUUUUUAAAACUGUCCUAUGCCAAUAAAUAUUUUGAUGUUA